AUGCAUUUUUUUUCAUUCAAUUGGGAAAAUUUGUCUUUUCUUGUUGUUGUAAAUAUCUAAUUAGAUUUAAUUUAAUUGUUGCAAGUGUUUUCAUUUAUUCAUCGAUCAUUUGUAUUACUGAUCGUUGGUUGAUUGUUGACUAGUUUCGUUAAUAUGAGUUGGAUGUCAUUCAGAGUGGCUGCCGGUGUUGCUGGUGGUUUGUUUAUUGCUUAUUGUGUUUACUUUGAUCAUAAAAGGCGCUGUGAUCCUAUGUUUAGACAGAAAUUGAGAGAAAGAAGAGCUGCUGCUCGGAAGAAAGAAGAGUCAAGUUUUUCAUCGACCGAUUUUCCAGAUCUUCGUGAUCAAGAUGCUGUUCAGAAAUUUUUCAUCCAAGAAAUACAAUUAGGAGAAGAGCUUCUUGGUCUAGGUGAUAUGGAAGGUGGAGUGGAACAUCUUACAAACGCGGUUUCAGUUUGUGCUCAACCAAACCAACUUCUUCAAGUUCUAAAUCAAACUUUACCACCACAAAUAUUUCAAGGAAUCAUCGCUCGCCUACCAAUUAUUUGCCAAAAAACCGCUGCUGCUGCUGCUACUGCUGCUUCCGCUAAUUCAUCAACAGUGAUGGUGGAAGAUGAUGUUGAAUAGAUUUGGACGGAAAUUAAACAUUCUCUAGAAUCGAUAAACUUAGUUGUGACUUUUUUACAGAAAAUAAUUUUGAUGACUAUUCCUACUAAUCAACUUUAUCGUCUCCAUUUAAUGCACGGAUUAAUCAUCUAAUACUAUCACUACUAUUACUAUUCAAUUUCAAUGAUAAACAUUGGCCAUUGUUAAUUGUCAUCUUGGAUUUAAUUACUAUACACAAAAAGAGAUAUGGUAAAUCCAUCAAUAUCCAAAUUGGAGCAAAGUCAAUUAUAGAUUAACGAUAAUCACAAUUUAAAAGAAAAACUUUAUACCAACAACAACAAUUAUACUAAACAUCAAAUUUAAAGUCAAAAAUCAUGUAAAAUCCGCAUAAGUAAUUAAAUCUACCCAAAAAUAACA